GCUGUUUUGAGUGUGACGCUUGUUCUGACAUGGGGGGAAGGUUGAGCGUUAUACUAAGUGACACGGAUGAAGUUGGAGCAUGAAUAACAAAUCAGGUGCACGGAAGGUUCGGAAUGUGGAUAUCAACCCGUGCAUUGAGGAGAGUGAUGGUUCCCAAAAAUGUUUGGACACAUAUAACUAUGAUAAGAGCAUGUGUUCUGCAUACUUCAUGAGGUAUAAAAACUGCAGGAAGUACUGGCAUGCCGUGAUGCUGCAGCGUCAGCGUGACGGAGUGAAGCCGGAUAUGCCGACCGCUGAGGAGCGAGAGCAGAUCAUCACGGGUCUCGGAGGGAAGCCGUACUGACAACACGUCAGUGUUCAGAGCUCAUGUGCCGGUUUGCACUCUUCUCACAGAUGCAGAUUAUGAAUUCAUCUGUCUGGCUUUAAGGAUUUAUUGAAAUGCAGUGGAGUACUGUGUGUGGGUAGAGGACAUUUAGCGAAUAAAUUGUAACAGCUAAUGCUGUGCAUGUAUAAUACCAUUGAUGACAGGCUGUUAAAGCCUCACUUAAGAGAAAUGCAGAAGUACUAUUUUGAAAUGAACAUAAUACGAUAGUGUGUUUGAAUGGGUGUUUAUGUGUGAAAAAUAUGCGUCUGGCAGUCCUGUUAUAGCAAUAGUAUCUAACAUAGUGUCUGUAAAUAUCCUAAAUGCCUGAAUAACAAAAAAAAAGUCACUCAAACAAACAUUAAACGUUCAGUGCUCAAUGCUUGUGCCUUGGACUCAGAGGACUCCCGGGCAUUAGGUAAAAACAAUGAAAUUUCUGUAUAAUUGUGCAUAAAUAUCAAAAUAGGCUUAUGAAAUUGUAAAAGCGAGGAGAAAAUGGUUCUUACGUCUCUUGUUGAAGUCAUUAGUCAUUUUGAUGCAAAUUUGUCACUUUGUAGAAGCAAGCCUCCAAACCUUUGCAUUG